UGCUGCAGGGAGGAGCAACCAGAGUGCAGUUGAGCUGAGCUGAGCAUCACAGACUGCAUUCAAGGAAACGGGCAAACGCAGCACUUUUUUUUGAGUUUCCAUAAUGUUCUAGCUUCCGUACAGCACCCGUCUUUAAUACGAAGAAAUAUAUAUAUAUUUCGAUGAGGAACCUAAUGGAAGCCGUUUGUCUUUGAGAUGCUGGGAAUCUCUGCCCAGUGAAGGGAGACCCCCCCAAUUGUUUCCUGCGCCAAGAACUGUAAAGUGGUCAUUACAUCGCAUCUGUGAUGAACAGCAAGCAGUGAGUGUGAGGAAGUGUCAGAGGAUGCUCCUGAUCUGCGGGGCCCAGUGCUGAGGGAGGUCCACGGAGCCACCUGGUGCCCACCAUGUCUCACCACCAACACUAUCAACGAGGCCCCCACGGCCGCACCAUGAGCUCUGAGGAGAGGAGCUCCCCGCCAGUCAACAAGACCUCCACGCCGGUUCACAAGAGCGCCUCCUCCUCUUCCUCAUCCCAGCGCGACAGCCGGCAGGAGGCAGACAGCUGGGAGAUCAUUGAGGGGCUGAAAAUUGGCCAAAGCAACGUCCAGAGGCCCGAUAAACAUGAGGGUUUUAUGUUGAAGAAGCGGAAAUGGCCCCUGAAAGGCUGGCACAAGCGUUUUUUUGUUCUGGACAACGGUAUCCUGAAGUACUCCAAGUCCCCCAUUGAUAUCCAGAAAGGCAAACUUCAUGGCAGCAUCGACGUCGGCCUCUCAGUCAUGUCCAUCAAGAAGAGAGCCCGUCGCAUCGACCUGGACACUGAGGAGCAUAUCUAUCACCUGAAGGUCAAAUCUCAAGACAUCUUUGAUGCCUGGGUGUCCAAGUUGCGUCAUCACCGGCUUUACCGACAGAACGAGAUUGUGCGAUCUCCCCGGGAGGCCACCAUGCGAACGUUUCCUCCCCCAACUGCCGUGGAGUCCCCCCAACCUGCCUCGAGUGUGGUAUGUGAUGCCAAGCAGGCCAAGCCAAGCAGCUUGCCGUGGCAGCCGGUGGCCCCCAGUAGCAACAGCAACAGCAGCCUGCCUGCCUCCUACAGUAACGGCCAGAGCAAGGUGGUUGCUUGGCUGCAGGAAUCAGAGGAGAUGGACAAGUGCGCAGAGGAGCUCGCACGAUGUCAGUCCAACCUGACUGAGCUGAGCCGGCUACUGCAGAGUUUGGAGAUUCUACAAAGGACACAGUCAGCGCCCAAUUUCAUAGAUAUGCAGACCAAUUGUGUAGAAAUGUCAAAGAAAGAGAAGCGCUUGAACAGAAGAUGGAGAACAAAAAGUGUUGGCAAAGACGCAAAAUUCCAGCUUCAGGUCCCUCUGUCUGCCAGCAUGUCCCCUGUCCGCCUCCACUCAUCCAACCCUAACCUGUGUGCCGAGCUGGUUGACUUUCAACCCCCCGUCUCUCGGCUGACAGACAGUGUAGAGUAUGCUAGUGACUACAUUAAACUUCAAGAGGAAUUCUGCACCAUCGCCCAGAAAGUCCACUCUCUGCUGAAGUCAGCCUUCAACACAGUAGCCAUAGAGAAAGAAAAGAUCAAACAGAUUCUGUCUGACCAGGAGCACUUGGACCAAUCAGCCCAGAUCAACUCUCUCAGGAAGUCUCUGUCACAGGCCCUGUCCCAAAACGCAGAACUUCGAACCCGACUCAACCGCAUCCACUCUGAAUCUGUCCUGACUGAACAAGUUGUCAGUGUGAACAUCAUCUCCACGCCUGAUGAGGCUGGAGAACAGAUGGGGAUCCCUCUGACUCAGCAGGCCUCUAAUGAGAGCCGACUCUCCAUGUCGGAGUCUGUUUCUGAGUUCUUUGAUGCCCAGGAAGUGCUUCUGUCAGCCAGCUCGUCGGAAAAUGAGGGCUCAGACGAUGAGUCAUAUGUCAGCGAUGUGAGCGAUAACAUUUCCGAGGACAACGCCAGUGUGACCGAUAACGUCUCCAGACAAAUGGCCAACGGAGACUUUGCUGGCAGUGCCUUCCGUAAUGGGCGGCGCAGCUGCCUGCCAGCGCCAUGUCCCGACACCAGCAACAUCAACCUCUGGAACAUCUUGAGAAACAACAUCGGCAAGGACUUGUCCAAAGUGUCCAUGCCUGUGGAGCUCAACGAGCCCCUCAACACACUGCAGCGUAUGUGUGAAGAGCUGGAGUACAGCGAGCUGCUGGACAAAGCUGCUGAGACUGAGGAUCCCUUUGAACGCAUGGCUCUCGUUGCUGCUUUUGCUGUCUCAGGCUACUCAUCCACUUACUACAGAGCAGGAAGUAAGCCAUUCAACCCGCUACUCGGAGAGAGUUAUGAAUGUAUUCGGGAAGACAAAGGCUUCUGUUUUUUCUCUGAACAGGUGAGCCACCACCCUCCCAUCUCCGCCUGCCACUGUGAGUCCAAGAACUUCACCUUCUGGCAAGAUGUGAGAUGGAAAAACAAGUUCUGGGGAAAAUCGAUGGAGGUUUUACCGAUCGGGACCGUGAAUCUCACGAUUCCCAGGUUUGGAGAUCACUAUGAAUGGAACAAAGUCACCACCUGUGUGCACAACAUCCUCAGUGGACGACGGUGGAUCGAACACUACGGGGAGAUAACCAUCAGAAACAUAAAGAGCAGCGCUUGCCUCUGCAAACUUACCUUCGUCAAGGGAAACUACUGGAGUUCUAAUGUGAAUGAGGUUCAAGGAUUUGUAAUGGAUCAAGAAGGGAAAGUGAUCCACAGGCUUUUUGGAAAAUGGCAUGAGGGCCUUUACUGUGGUGUCCCACCUUCUGCCAAAUGCAUCUGGAGGCCAGGCUCCAUGCCCACAAACUAUGAGCUGUACUACGGCUUCACCAGGUUCGCUAUUGAACUGAAUGAGCUUUGCCCCGAGUUGAAAGAUGCUCUGCCCCGUACAGACGCCCGAUUCAGGCCCGAUCAAAGGCACCUGGAGGAGGGGAACUUGGAGAUGGCAUCCUCAGACAAGCAGCGCAUUGAGGACCUGCAGAGAGUCAGGAGGAGGUGGAACGAGGAGAACAACAUCAAACUGGAGCCACGCUUCUUCAAGAAAGUGGUUGAUGCCAAUCACAGGGAGAGGUGGGUCUCUAACAACACGUACUGGGAGCUCCGCAAAAACCCAGGCUUUAUCAAUAUGGAAUCUACAGUGAACCUGUGGUAGCACACGGAUUGCCAUGUCCAUCAUAUCGUCCUCACAGACAAGACGGCCGUAACCUAUGCACAAUAAGGUGUUAAGAGAAACACGUUAACGAUGAAAUAUCCAUGUGCAGGGAUAUUAGCGACUGCAGAGCGGAGGGAUGGCCUGAUGCCAAGCGACCCUGUUGAGGUUCUGUGGCACUGCCACAUGGUCAUCCAUCCAUGGAAACAUCCUGUAGGAUCACCUUCAUUGUGCUUGUGGAAGCUGGGUUGUCAGGGCAACAAUCGUACCACUCCUAUGUAGAUCUUUCCUCAGCUUUUUUGACUUCUGAGUAUGUCCUUGCCUUAAAAAGACAUCCAUACAAGUCACACGAUUUAGCGCUUUUUCGUUGAGGCCAUUCGAUUUGUGACAGCAGUUUGGGUUAGACUAGUCUAUGAAGUAGACCUUUUGACAAUACCUAUGUGCAUGUUUAGAGAGCCGCAUUUAUUAUAUCAUCAAUUAUUGUAGAAAAAAAGGUAUUUUUAUAAAAUAUCUUGGACUCAGAAUUUAGUGAAAUAGUAUGUGAAUUGGCAGAUUUUAUUUAUUUUUGCCAUUUAAUACGGUUGAAUCUGUGUGAUAGCAGUAUUCUCUCUCGGGAAACAACUCAUUUAAAAUUAAUCUCGACUGCAGCAGAGGAAGUAUGGCGUCCAUACAUGGAAUUUUUAAUGAAUAUAAUCAAACAGCGGCUCUCAAAGCUUAUCAUGAUUUGGAAGCAGAAGUAGGUAUUAAAAUGUAAAUCCUAUUCGGGUUUUUGGGACACGUGAUGCAGGAGAAACUUUUUUUUUUAUGGUCAACACAGAUCUGUCACGGAGUCCAGUUUCUCCUCACAGUUGAGAUUCUGUGUAAAUAGAGGGACAACCUCAUGCGCCCACCCCUGCCCCACUGUCUAAUUUUAAACAUUGUUACAUGAAACCAACUCUUCUGAAUCACACGGUUACAUAAAUACACACAUAACUCCCUCCAUUUAUAGUAGGCACACCAUACUGUAUAGCGUGUAAAAAACUCAAAAAAGAAGCUGUAGUAGGUUGUACGGACUGUGAAGCCCUUGGAAACACUUUGAUCAACAUUUUGGGCUUUAUAAAUAGACUUGACAGUGAAACAUGAGGAAAACAGUCACAUAUUUCAUAUUUUGUUCU